AUGCCUAAACUUCAAGGAGUUGUUGGGCUAUCAGAAGCCGAAGAGAAACUGAGCGAUACAUCGCCACGUUCAGAAUCUGAACCAGAUAUCGAGAGAGCUUCACCAGAGAAAACCCAAUCCUCUGGGGACAGUUCCACAUGGAACUGGGACGAAGAUCCUAGCAACCCGUAUAACUGGCCGACAAAAUGGAAAGUUCAACAGAUCCUAAUGAUCGCAUCGGCGGCCUUCACGACGUCAGUUGGUGUAUCGAUAUUAACGCCAGCACAUACACAGUUCAUGGAAGAAUUUCAAGUUAGUGGCACAGUUGCCAUUGUACCAUUGUCUCUUUAUGUUUUCGCUUUAGGACUGGGUCCUAUCGUGGGAGGUCCUCUCUCCGAGACGAUUGGGCGAUACCCAGUUUACAUCGGCACAACACUACUUGGUAGUCUUUUUACGCUCGGUGUGGGAUUUAGCAAAACUUUCGCAGGAAUAUGUGUCUUGCGAUUUCUCUCUGGGUUUUGCUUCGCGCCGUCGCUAGCCAUCGCUGCUGGUACGAUAAACGAAACCUUCAAGCCAAUUAAACGCGCGAUUCCACCGGUUAUCGGCAGCUUUGUUGUAGCUCGCAAGGGCUGGGAAUGGACGCAGUGGACUUUGUUAUUCUUCGCUAUAUUUACAAUGAUCACCAUCCUUACGGCUCGGGAGACAUUUCACCCAGUACUAAAGCACCGGCGUGCUAAGGAACUUGGCUUACCACUCCCUCCAUCGCAACCAUUGUCAUCCAAGGCUCGACUCUUUGCAACGGUCGCUCUUCUUCGUCCGAUUCAAAUGCUCCUUACUGAGCCUAUCGUGGCUUUUGUGUGUUUAUAUGUGGCAUGUGAAUUCGCUACACUUUUCUGCUUCUUUGCUGCCGUCCCCUUGGUUUUCGGAGGAGUCUACGGGUUUGGUCUAGAAGAUUCGGGACUUGUGUUUCUGGCCAUAGUGGUCGGAUGCUUACUUGGGGUUGUCACGGUACUACUAUGUGACGUGUUUCUUUACCGUCGAAAAGCAGCGAAGCUUCAGGGACGACAGGUCCCCGCUGAAUUUCGCCUUUAUCCUGCUUUGAUUGGGAGUAUUGGGCUUCCGAUCGGUCUAUUCUGGUUUGGUUGGACCGCCAAGGCAAGCAUUAACUGGGCGAGCCCGACUGUCGCAAUCAUGCUUUUUGCGUGGGGAAAUCUGUGUGUCUUCGUGAGCACGACACAAUAUAUCGUUGAUACCUACCAUGGGUUGACCGUAGCUAGCGCCAUGAGCGCAAAUAGCCUGGCGAGAUAUGGACUUGCGGCUGCAUUCCCGCUGUUCACCGUUCAAAGUAAGCAAAUUUACGACGCCAUCCAUAGAUACUUCAAGCUAACUGCCUCAUUAGUGUUUACAAAGCUCGAUAUUGGAUGGGCGUCGAGCCUACUUGGCUUUAUCGCUAUCGCACUUUUACCAGUACCAUGGGUAUUCUUCCUGACCGGGAAGAGAUUGAGAGCCUUGAGUAAAUUCGAAGUGGCUGAGGAUUCGGGGUGA